UUUCGUUUAUUUACCAACAUCUGUUGCCGGUUGCUUACCUGAUUACAAAACCAUCGAAAAAUUGUCUUAUCACCAUUUUAACAAUGGACUUUAUCAAAUCACUUCCAAAAAUUGAGUUACAUGCUCACUUGAACGGGUCGCUGAGCAACGCUACGUUACUGAAGUUGAGACAAUUGAAAUAUGGAGACGACACGAACAUUGAUCCCCAAUUCUAUCAAAUUAUGGAUGCGAAUUUGACGUUAUCAGAAUGUUUUUUGAAGUUUAAAUAUGCGCACGAUUUAACGGAUUCGUGGGAUGCCUUGAAGUUGGCUACGGAAUGCAUGAUUCAGGAUUUUGCCCUUGAGAACACCAUUUAUCUUGAGAUACGAAGUACGCCAAAGAAAACGGUUUCGUUGAGUAAAGAGGAUUAUUUGGAGGCGAUUAUUGCGGGAAUUGAGUCUUCAUCUCAUGCUCAUCCAAACACCUUAGUAAAGUUAAUCGUCUCAGUAAAUCGCGCCGAUGGACCAACUGCUGCGCAGGAAAAUCUUGAAGUCGCCCUAAAAUUGCACCAAAAAUACCCAAAUAUCAUCAAAGGCAUGGAUCUAAGUGGAGAUCCCUUGAAAUUUUUCUACCGAGACUUUGCCCAAGUUUUUGUGGAUGCACGAAACGCAGGACUCGGAAUUGCCAUUCAUGCUGCCGAGGUAAAUGAAAAAUACGAAGACGUAAAAGAUAUUUUGGAUUUUGGACCUGAUCGGAUUGGACAUGGGACGUUCGUGGAAGAAUCGGGACUGCAAAACUGGCAAACUCUCAGGAAGAAAAAAAUUCCAGUGGAAUGUUGUCUAACGAGUAAUGUCAAAUGUGGCACUGUGAAAAAUUAUGAAGAUCAUCACUUGAAAAAACUCUUUCAAUAUGGACAUCCCGUGGCGAUUUGUACUGAUGAUUUUGGCGUUUUUGAUACGAGCCUUUCACAGGAAAUAGAACUUACGGCAAAACAUAUCAACUUAUCAAACUGGGAUUUGAUGAAGAUAAUGCAACAUAGCGUCGAUUUUAGUUUUGCAUCAGAUGCGGAAAAGAAAAUGUUGCAUGAAAAAUUGGACCAAUUUAAAAAAGAAAAUUUGGAAGUACUUAAAGAAAAUAUUUAAAAAUUUUAAAUAAAAAA